AUGUAUGGAGGAAAUCAAUUAAAUCUCAAAAAGAAACAAUUCUGGUACUUGCUGGCUUACGGUACAACCUUCUGCCUCCCCUCCACACAGAAAGCGGCAAACACCAGUGAGAAACAGAAUUCGGAGCAAGUGUGUGACAGGCUGACAGGAUCACAAGCCAGUUCUUGUGGGACCGACUCCAAAGUCAAAAAACACCUGCAUCCAUCCUUUUUCGCUAUUUUCUUUGGUCGGGGGGCCCCUCUCAGGGCGUGCUUGGCACCAGCCUUACACCUGCCAAAUCUCACACUUCCCGUGCUGAUCAUCAAUCCGAUUUUAGCACGACACAAAGACGGGAUCGCAGCUGCGAUGUGA